AAGAUCCCAUAGUCGUUAGACACAAAUUAUUUUCUAAAACAUAUAACUUUCUGUUCUUAAUAGUCUCUUGUGUACUUUUUAAUACCUGAAUGUUUGUGAGAAAGAUCCUUAUGUUUGGAUUGUAGUUCAGUUGCACCUGAGUGUAUGACUUUGGAGAUUAAUCUUCUUAAAUAUAAGAUUAUAGCCAAAUUCAUUCAAUAAAAGAGUAUUAAUGGACAGAUAAUUAAGGUUGUAUGAUUUACUAACUGGAACUUCGUAAGUAACACCGCGGCAUUACUUACGAAGUACCGAAAUGAAAAGUGAAAUGUGAAGUGAAUGAUGACUGACCAAUAUGCCAGACAGGCAUGUUAAGAUGCUCUUGUGCCUGCUAGCAAUCACCAAAAUAGAUGAAAUAACAACACCCAAUAAAGACAGUCCCGGCAUAUCAAAAACUGUUUAUACCCAUAUUUCGAAUUUGCAUAAUUUACUGACUAACUGGGAAAAAAUUAAAGAAAAUGGUUCAAAAAUCUGUAAAUCCAUAUCAGCCUUGAAAUUAUAUGAGUGUACUGAUGAAUACUUUCCUCAUCAAGUAGGGCCACUGAUAAGUAGCCUGUCUGAAGCAUAUGAUGGUUUACAAAACAUUGUACAAGGUGUGCAUUUGAUAAGAAAGCAGUUACAUGCCCUCUCAGUGCUUGAAACUUCAGGUCAUGGUGUUAUUUUCACUUGGUCUGCUGGACAAAUUGCAGAGGCUGUAUCGGAAAUUUACAAUGUCUUAUUGAAAGAAAUUAAACUUAAACAAGUAAUAACUGAAAAUCUUGCACAUUGUAGAGACGAAAACCUUAUAGAGCUGUAUGUCAGUGCAUGGGAACUUGAAGCAUAUUAUAAUAGUGAAAUGAGUGCUUUCUUAUUUGCUGAUAUUGGGUUACCUUGGCUAGCAUAAAUGGUAGAAUGAGUGAUGUUGUUGAUGAUGGAUAUGAAGUUUUAGAUUUGGCUAUAAAUAUAGGAAAAAAAAUUAUAACAGUUUCAGAUAUGGUUAGCGACAAAAAUGUCUAAGUAUUUUAUAUGUUCUUUACAUUUUAUUGCAUUUACAAGCACAUUUAAAAAGGUUAUUACUCCUCGGAUUUACUGAUGCCAUGUGAAGACGGGAUUAGUAAAUUUGUACAAGCUUUUGAACGGUAAUUGUGCAGGUUUUUAUAUUGACAAAAUUUUGUGCAGCUUAAGUUUGUGGUUUUUGCACCGGCCAUUAAACUCGGUCCUUAUCAAAAUCCGAAACCUAUGUAACGGUUAUGGAACUCCAUAGUGUCCCAGCAUAAAACAGUAUUUAUUUUUAUUAUUUAUUAUUUGUAUGUUGAUUGUAUCAUGAAUUAUUAUGAAUAAUUAUAUAAUCCGACAUUUA